GCUGCUGGCAGAAGAGAUUGCGGAGUUAUCCGGACAGCACGCAGGAGAGCGGCGGUCUGCGCCGAGGGGGAAAAUGACAUCACAAGUCGGAUAAAUGGCCAAGUUUAAGAUGAAAGACUACCAGCACUGGCUGCUUUUUGUUUUGUUUAUUCCUUUAUCAAGUGUUUUAUGUUUCAGUGAGUUGUCCUUCAUCACAGAGCCCAGUGAUGUUACUGUACUACCAAAGGACCCUGCUGUCUUGGACUGUCAGGCUCAUGGGCAGCCUCCGGUCACCAUCAAGUGGCUGAAGAAUGGAGUUCGUUUGGCAGAAAAUGAACACAUACAGUUUCUGCCCAACGGCUCCUUGUACAUACCAAAGAUAAAACACACCAAGGAGGAAUCAGAUGAAGGGUUUUACCAGUGCCUCUCCCAGAACAAAUAUGGAGCUAUCCUAAGCCAAAGAUCACGUCUGACUAUCGCAAGCAUCUCAGAGUUUUUAUUGCAUCCUGUGCCUAUGGUGGUGACUGAGGGCUGUGUGGCCAGAUUCUCCUGUGCAGUCACCUCCAGCCCUCCUGCCACCAUCACCUGGGAGCUCAACCAAAGCACAUUACCGCUACAGACAGACAGAAUAACUGUUUUGCCUAACGGAGUCCUUCAGAUCCACAAUGUACAACUGGAAGAUGCUGGACAGUAUCGAUGUGUGGCGACUAACAUCGGUAGCCGUUUGAAGAGUAGAGAGGCCACACUGACAGUCAACCAAGGUGAAGGCCCUAAACCACGUCAGAGGCCCAGAAUCAUCGCUGGACCUCAAAAUGUCACAGUUUCUCUACACCAAACUGUGGUGCUGGAGUGUGUGGCCACAGGCAAUCCCUGGCCCAUCAUCUCCUGGAGCCGUGCAGAUAGUAAACCUAUUGAUGUAUACAAUGCCAAAGUGCUGGGCAAUGGGAACCUGGUUAUUACAGAUGUCAGUUCCAAGCACAGUGGAGUCUACCUCUGCAGGGCCACCACCCCUGGAACCCGCAACUACACCAUUGCGGCAGCAAACCUUACAGUCCAAGUGCCACCAUCCAUUGUUGAGAGGCCUGAGAGCCAGACCCGUCCACGAGCAGGCACUGCCAGGUUUAUGUGCCAAGCAGAGGGUGUACCCCCACCACGCAUCAGCUGGCUAAAGAAUGGGGAAGAGGUUCACUUAAAUGGGCGGAUUAAGAUGUACAACAGUAAAUUGGUGAUUACCCAGAUCAUCCCAGAGGAUGAUGCCAUCUACCAAUGCGUGGCAGAGAGCGAACAGGGCUCUGUGCUGUCCUUGGCUCGCCUUAUUGUUGUUAUGUCCGAGGACAGGCCCAGUGCACCAAGAAAUAUCCAUGCUGAGACCAUCUCAAGCUCUGCCAUCUUACUGGCCUGGGAGAGACCUCUAUACAAUGCAGACAAAGUCAUUGCCUACUCAAUCCAUUAUAUGAAGGCUGAAGGUCUAAACAACGAGGAGUACCAAGUUGUUAUUGGCAACGACACGACCAGCUAUAUCAUCGAUGAUCUUGAGCCAGCCCGAAACUACAGCUUUUACAUUGUGGCUUAUAUGCCAAUGGGAGCAAGUCGUAUGUCAGACCAAGUCAGUCAACAUACCCUGGAGGAUGUGCCUUUGCGUACCCCAGAGCUGAGUCUGACCAGCCACAGCUCCACGGAUAUCCAGGUGAGCUGGCAGCCACUGCCUGCCAAGGUGAGCCGCGGUCGGUUGUCUGCCUACAGACUUUCCUACCGUACAGCUGCAGACAACACUGUCAUCUCGGUGGAGAUACCUCAGAACAGCACAGAGUAUCUUCUAGAGGGCCUGCAGCCUGACACCAUCUACCUGCUCCGCAUGGCUGCAGCCACCCGUGUGGGCUGGUGUGAGCCUUCUGCAUGGACCUCACACCGUACACCUAAGACCUCCAGCAGCAAAGUGCCUUCAGCCCCUAUUCUUCAGCUUGAGCCUCUUAACUGCACCUCCAUUGUGGCACGCUGGCAAAUCUCCCCAGAAUCUGUGGCUGUUCAGGGUUACCGGCUGUGUUACCAUGAGGAAGGACAACCAGAGCAGCCUACAAUCCAGCUGCAGGCCCAGAACUAUACCUACACCAUCAGUGGCCUUGAUCCUAGGAGAAAGUAUCAUGUCAAGAUUCUGGCCGUCAGUCAGGCUGGUGAUGGCUAUCAGACAGACCAAACUGUCAGUACUCCUGGUUGUGUGUCGGCCAGAGACCAACCGACAGCAUCCCCUCCACCUCCAGAUCACGUGACUGUUUUGGCCAACAAUUCAUCUGCAGUAGCCCUGCGCUGGAGCCGUCCUGCUUUCCCUUCUGGAAAGGCUGUUAGCUAUUCAGUCCGUUGUACACCUGUGGGCACCCACAACGCCUCUGCUAUUCGCUACCUGCAAACUACCAAACAGAGUGUGAUGGUUCAGAACUUAGUUCCAAACACUCGCUAUGAGUUUGUCGUACGUCUUCAUGUGGACCAAAUGUCAAGUCCCUGGAGUUCUGUUGUUUACCACCAGACUUUGCCAGCAGCACCUAGCCAACCACCUGCAGCAGUACGAAUAACUCUGAUCGAGGAUGACACUGCCCUCGUGUCCUGGAGGGAGCCACUAGAGCCCAAUGUGGUGGUAUCACGCUAUACCAUCUUGUAUGCUUCACAGAAAGCCUGGUUGGGAGGACGCUGGCAAAUAUUGCAGAGGGAGGGAAGCCAUACCAUGGCCCUGCUGGAGAAGCUGGAGCCGGGAAAUGUCUACCUAGUGAAAAUCUCUGCCUCCAACCAAGUCGGUGACGGGCCUUUCUCUAACAUUGUGGAGCUGGUGCCUGCGCGUGGAAAUACCCACCGCAGCAAGAACCCCAGACACUCUGACAGCUUCCCAGAUACAACAAUGUUCUCUGAUGGUCUCUACCACAUAGACCAGAGGUCUAUGACAGGGAUCAUUGUCGGUGUGAGCAUCGCCUUGUCCUGUAUUGUUAUGUGUGCCUUGAUCCUCAUCAGCAAGGGCAGACCAAGCAAAUCUUCCACUCACAAAGUCAUCGGGUUGGGAGCUGCUGAGGAUCCCCGUGCUGGUUUGUCUCUGCCCAAUGAACGCCUUACAGAGAAUGCUGAAGCUCUUAUACCUAUGAUUAAUGCUCAGUUUAUAGAUGCCAAGGAUGGCUCUAACAUUGUCAUAAAUAGUGCUGGUCUGGUCAGCAGCAAGAAUCACAGCAGGUGGCUGCUCUUCAACAGGGAUAUCAUUAAUCCAGAUGAGAGUGAUGUUGAGAGGAGAGCCAGUUUGUAUGAGGCUGGAAAAACUGUCCUGAGGUAUGACGAGCGUUUAGGUUCAGCGCCCCUGCCACCUUCGUCCCGGGAGAUCAUCUACGGACCUUUGCACUCGGAGAGCUCUCAAAGCAGCGAGGGCAGCCAAGAGACGGGAGACUCUGGACACUACUCCAAUGAAGAAAGCAAUGAAGAGAUGAGCAACCCUUCCACCAGCCAAAGCUCCAGGCCUGAAUCUUUUGGGUUGGCCGAUAACGCUGCCGUCGUUGAGCUGAAGCAGUCUUUUGAGGUGGAAAAUGAGGAAAUGCCGAGGUGUCCCCUCCAUCACUCUGCCCCUGAUGCUGCCCGGCACUGCUGCAUCUCAGAGGGCUCUCUUCCUGCCCUGCACACAUCCCAAGCAGCCGGCUCCUGACAUCACUUGGCCUAGACCUAUCUCCAACCGCCGAAGCAAAGCCACCUCUACGUCGUUUGCUUCCUAAGUUGAGCCCUUCAGUUAUUUCCUAAGGCACAUGGGAUCAGGAAGUCAGCUGCUGCGAUGGAGGAAAUGUGCUUUUGCUUCGCAUCUACCUCAGGAUUUUGUAUGAAUGUUUGUUAUAACAUUUUAUUUCCAUUUUUUUAACUUUCUACCUGUUUGUCUGUGUUUGGCAUUGUCUGUCCUAAACCAAAGCUCACCCAUGAUGAAUGUUAAAAAGAAUGUCAGAAAUGUACUGUGAUACAUUUUCAUUAUAUUUAAUUACUGUCCACUGGAGCCAAGGGCAAAGUGGAGCCCUAUCGACUUAUUAUCUACCUCCGUGUUCUGUUAUUGUACAUACAUGACUACCUCCUUUUCACCACAUAUUGUGCAGUAUUAUCUCAGACUCAGGGGACAAGGUGAAAACAUUUCUUUGCCAUCUUGUUACUUCUGUCCAGGCACUGUUAUUAAGAGGUCCUAAUUUUUUUUAAAUUCUCUGAAUUCUCUUUUAUUUUCAAGGUUGAAAGAGCUUUUGUUUCACAUUGUUUGAAUGAUGUAUGUUGUGAAAAUAACAAGUGCAUUAGAUUUUGUCAAACUAUUUGAGCUUUAUCAUAAAAAUACUGUUUGGCAUUUUUAGUGCACUGAACUCAAAGCUUUAACAUGGCCUUAAUAUAGAAAAAGGGCUUUGCAUACUAUAGAAGAAGAGAUCCAAAGAUGUGGAAAAUUGUACCCAAAGAGUUUUUUUGAUAAUACAAUAGAUAUUCUAAGGCAACCAAAAAUAUAUUGAGGGUGCAUUUGCUAAAAUGUUGCUUUUGCCAAUGAUGUAAAUUUCCCUUAGAAUGGUGGUUUUAAAUGCUUUACUCAGUGUAAAUUUUCUUGAUGCUUUAUUCUGGUGAAAGCUUUAGCACAAGUCUCCGUGGCUUGUGUUCCAUUUGCCUUGCUAAACACAGCGGUGAUGCCGAUGCUAUUAUCCAAAGAGUUGUCUCCUUCCUCAGAUGGGUAUGGCUUUUCAUUCAGUUGAUCCUUGGUACUGUGAGGUGGAAAUGAUUGACACAAGAGCCAAGAUCCAAUGUGUCCUCCCAGUGAUAGAUGAUAUGUAUUCUUCGUUUUGAGAAUCAUCUGUUUCUGUUCACCAAUAUUGCUGUAUGGGGAAGAAAUGUCUUUCAUGCUCCCUAAUAUUUCCUGUCCAGGUGUGACAAUGAAGGAUUCUGACUAUCAAAAUGGAAACCCUAUGUGUGAAGAGCAACAUAAUCAAUUUUUAUAUCUUUGUAAUACAAAUAAUCCUAACCAAAGAAACUUGAAGUCUCUGUUAUUUAGUGAUUUUCUUUGGUUUUCAUUUACAUUAUUUGCAUUUAAAUGUGAUAUGAUUUCCAACAGUUUUGAUUACUAGAAAGGCGUUUUCACAUUGUGUUUUUUUUUUUUUUUACUUGAGAUGUCAUAAAUUGUUCUGCUGUCUUUUUAUCACCAUGAAAUUUCACCUGAAUGAUACGUAGGUUACAUUGGAACAUUUUUUAUUUAGAUCCCUGUAGCAUGUUGUAAACAAAGAAAAUUCCCAAUUUUAAUGUGACAUUUGACUAAAUUGAUAAGGCCGGUUUCAAGUACAAAACUUGUCUGUGUGAUGCAUUUUAAUAUAAGAGCUUAAUUUGGAAGCCACAGAUAAUUUUGCUUACUUAGCUCAGGUGCCAAUUUAGAUUAGAAUGUAGACUUAACUGUUAUUAUUUAAGUUAUGGUUUUCUGAUACUUCUGCUUUUGAAUACCAAAAUACAUCUUUUGAACCAAAGUGAGCAACAUAACAAAUUAUUUUACGUGUUGAAAUGUUGCAACAGACUUUUUUGAUACUCUCAAGAUGAUCACAAGUACUAGAAAUUAAAAUUGUUCUUGGAAAAAUA